GCGGAAGUGAUCGCUCAAUCUUUGUUUACAAUAGAAACAGCUCAGAGCAAACCUCAAAAUGGUUCGAUCUUGUGGGAUGUUUGCAGCCGUAGUUUUAACUACUUUUGCACUAUGUCUGAUAGUUAUAAGUGAUGCAGAAACUGUUCAAGACUACAUAUGCAGUCGAAGAUUCAGAGGCUACUUUGUUGAUUACAAACGACGAACUUGUGUGAAGAAGACAGCGAUUGGGUGCCAUAAUCCAUUUCCAUACCAAAACAGACGUGAAUGCUUGAAUGACUUUUUUUAUGGAAGAGGCAACAUAUGUGAAGAAUUGAAGCCUUGUGAAAAUGAUGGAGUUUGCUCGCAAGUCACCACUGAUGACAAGGGGCGAACUUUCAAGUGCGAAUGUGCUAGUACUGGAUUCUUUGGUGACAGAUGUGAAAAGAGAUGCCCUUCUGAUUUGUCUGCAAAGGACCCCAAAACCCUGCCGUGCCUUCAAAUAUAGAUUUUUUAAGCAUUGCAGCUGCAUUUAUACAUUCCAAAACACUCAAGAUAUUGAUUGAGUCAUUCUUUUAUCCACAUUCUUGUGAUUUGGAUGACCAAUGUCAUAAAUAAUUAUAUAGUUCUCUAUGAAUUACUCAACUAUAUUGCAGAUAUAAGCUAUUUAAUCAGCUAUUUAAUUAGAAACCUUUCUUACACUUACAUCUCUUGUUAUAAGUGCAUUGUAUGUGCAUUUAGCUCAUUAUGUCAUUUAUCGCUGGGAUGCGAUAGUCAUGCUGUCUUGCUAGUUACACUAUACAAAGAGGCUUUAUCAUUGGCAAAUAGAAUGGUCUGCAAGUUGAAAUUUCUAUGAAAAUUUAUCUGUUUCAAAGAAUUCAGUUUUUCAGAUUAGAAAUAUAAUGUGUCAAUAUCGUCUACUUCUUCUCAAAUGUUUUACAAUAUCUCACAUUCGCUCAAUUAAGAGACAGUUUUGCCGUAUGAUGCAAAAAUGAAAAGCCUACUGUUUUCAACUUUUGUCCCAUCAAGUUGAAGCCAAUGAGAUGAAUACGGGAGCAAGGAAGCAUGAGAUUUCAAAGGGUUGUGGGUACCUUAAUGUUGUUUCAAAAAGCGGUGGGAUGUGUUUUUGUUAUGAGUCCAUUCUCUUUUGCCCCGCACGCAUUUACAUCAACAACGAAUUAUAGUGCCAUGAUUGAUGUCGUUUUAUUUAGUUUGCUUCAGUUUUCUCAUACGUUCAGGAACAAAGAUUAUUUGUGUCGCGACGUAGUGGAAUCAGGCGCUCGUCAAUCUUUGGGCAUAUAUGGGGUUAUUGGUAUCAUCUUAAAGCCUGUUCAUUUGUCUUCCUUUUGGUGAAAAAAAA